AUGGCUAAAUUCGAGAUUCUGGCAAGAUGUCCAACCACACGCGCUAGAGUCUCGCGAUUGACUCUUUCGCAUGGGGAAACCGCGCUACCCACAUUUAUGCCAGUUGCGACACAAGCAGCGAUCAAAGGCCUCACCUCUCAACAAGUCGAGAGUCUCGGUAUUAGCUUAAUUCUCAACAACACUUACCACCUCAAUCUGCGCCCUGGAGUUCAAAUCCUAGCUCAGGCAGGAGGCGCACAUAAAUUUCAGGGCUGGAACAAGAACCUUCUGACCGACAGUGGAGGGUUUCAAUUUGUAUCCCUUAGCAAGUUUGCUAAGAUCACUGAAGAAGGCAAGCAAACCAUAUUAGUGUUUUGGCGUAACUGUAACUCACAUUUUGGUAGGCGCCUUAUUCUCCAGCCCCUUCACAGGAGAGCCAACGAUGCUGACAGUCCUGAAGAAAGCAUCUCCAUACAGCAUGCUAUCGGAGCUGGUAGUUUUCACUCUUCAACUGGAUUUCGUGACCUUGAAUACCCUGCAGACAUAAUAAUGCAACUCGAUGAUGUAGUCCCCAGCCUUACACCAGAUCGCGCGAGGGUCGAAGAGGCGAUGGAGCGUUCUGUUCGCUGGCUCGAUAGAUGCAUUGCUUUCCAUAACGCUUCUGGGAAGCAGACUACGCAAAAUCUGUUCGCCAUUGUGCAAGGCGGUCUUGAUCAUGAACUUCGGGACCGUUGUCUUAAACAAAUGGUGGAACGCAGCAAUCAAGUGGCAGGCUUUGCAGUGGGCGGUUUGAGCGGUGGUGAAGAGAAAGACGUCUUCUGGCGAAUUGUAAAGCAAUGUGCCGAAAAACUUCCUGAAGAAAAGCCUAGGUAUUGUAUGGGUGUGGGCUUCGCAGAAGGAAAUCUUUCUUCUCUUGUUCAAGCAGUGCAUUCUAAUACCUCGACAGAUCUCCUCGUUUGUGUUGCGCUGGGAGUCGAUAUGGCUGAUUGUGUUUUCCCAACACGAACUGCGCGAUUUGGAGUCGCCUUGACGAGGAAUGGGCCUUUAAAUCUGAGACUUGCAAAGCAUGCCACUGAUUUCUCUCCAAUUGAAAAGGACUGUCCUUGUCCUACUUGCAGUCAGGGAACUUCAAGAGCUAUGCUCCAUCAUAUUGUCACUCGAGAAACCGCCGCUGCCCAUGCGGUCACAAUACACAACAUUGUCUUCCAGGCGCAAGUAAUGGGUGGUGCUCGUGACGCCAUUAUUGCGGGGACUUUCCCUCAAUACCUAAAAGCCUUUUUUGCAGGGUAUUUUGCUGACGCUGGUUACCCUGAAUGGUGUGUCAAUGCGCUGCAGAGCGUUGGGGUAGACCUUCUUGAGGGACUAGAUCCCAGCGAGGUAAAAAUCAUUCCGGGAAGUGGCGCUAAGUGGGAGUACUCUACAAAUAAAAGUAAAACGAAGUAA